AAAUCCUGUAUACCGCAUCGGUGCCCCUGGGCCCCUGCUUGUCCGUCAGACUUUCGCGCUCAAUCAAUCAAUCAAUCAAUCAAUCAAAAGUAAUCUCAGUAUCACGAGUUUCUAUUAUUCUUUCUGGAUAAAGUCGUCUGAGAUACAGUGGCCUUUGUUGUCCCGCCACCUCCUACAACAACAACAACAACCACAACAACCACAAAAACAAGCCCAGUCAUAGCUUGAGAAGUCUCAACAUCACAUCCAUAAACAUGGCAUCCUCAACUACCACCACCAAGACCAAGGAGGAGACGGCCAAGCCCAGAACCCUGGCAGACAUGUCCGAGAGCAUCGACCAGGCCACAUUCGAACAGAUCCUCGAAAUGGACGAGGAAGGCGAACAUGAUUUCAGCAAGGGCAUCGUGUACGGCUUCUUCGACCAGGCCGAAAGCACUUUCGAGAAGAUGGAGACAGCGCUGAAAGAGAAGAAGCUCAGCGAGCUGUCGUCGCUAGGUCACUUCCUCAAGGGCUCAUCAGCCACUAUCGGCCUCACCAAGGUCAAGGACGCAUGCGAGAAGAUCCAGCACUACGGAGCUGGUAAGGACGAAUCGGGAACCAACGACGAGUCCGACGAGAAGGUUUCUCUAGAUAAGAUCGGAAAGACCCUGGAGACCGCGAAGAAGGAUUACAAGGAGGUAGAAGCCUUCUUCCGGGAAUACUUUGGCGAUGAGGAAACGCCCGACUCGCCAAAAGACUCUUAAGCAAUUGCGUGGGGGAAGGAGAAGAAGAAGACGAAGAAGAAGAAUGAGUUUGGAUGGACCCGGUAGAAGAAAGAGAUCGUACUACUGUCUGUUAACUGGAUAUACCACACAAUCACACAUCACGAGAGGGUGGGUGGCAGGCAGUGGAGCAGUGGAUCUGACCACACCACCACACCCUCGCAUCCCAUACACAACAUUCGCAUACUCUCCAUUUCAAUUCAACACAGCUCAAUGAAAUUCGA